UGACAUUGUUCAUCCUAGAUGUUGCGGCUGGUCGUCUGUUAUUGUUCAUCGUUCUUUUCUAUACCUUCCAGCACAUCAAAGCCAAAGAUCCGGUCCUAUCCAGUUUACAGAAACCAAUGAUGAGUGUCAGUCAUAAUGAGAAGGAUGUUAUCAUCACCUGUGAGAUUCCUCGACCUGCUGGUAAUGACACCACCUGUAAUCUGUAUGUUGGAGACCAGAGUCAACAUCUCCUGAAGACAAAGAUCUGGAAGAAAACAUCAUCCAGGUCCAAGACAUCAUUCUGUCUGUUCACUGUGACUGAAGAUGACCUGAUCAGACAUCUACAGUCAGUAGGGAGUCAGGAGGUGAGCUGUGACUACAGAGUGAGUUCAGGACCAAACUCUCUCUCUCCACGUAGUGACGGGUACAUUAUAACAAAUUUGCUAGCUAGUGCUGCUUUGAUCCCCAAAACCCCACUGAGGCCAACUACCAGUUCAACCUCUUAUUUGACCCCCACAGCAACUACAUCAGGUUGGACUGUUAGUGCUACUUUGACAAGUGACACCCCAAAGAGAACAAGUGAAGGUUUGACUGUUAGUUCUACUUUGACCACUGGUACCCCACAGAGUUCAACUGAAAGAGAUCAAAGUUCCCCAAAAAAUGAUGUGGAAGCCAACCAAGAGAGCAGUUUGGUGAUAUUAUGGCUUGCUGCAGUGGGUGUGGCUUCUGGAGUGGGUGUGUUCCUGGUGGGAUUGACAGUUGUUCGUCUCUGUAAGAAGACCAAAAGAAAGAAAUCUCAGAGACCUCCAGCCCAACAAGACAAUCAUGACCAACGUCCUGUUGGAGAGAAUGGAGAAUCAUCUGAAUAUGUCAAUGUAAGCUCUGAAUCAUUGUUUUAUAACUUACAGUUUUUUGUUUUAUUUCUUAUGAAACUAAGCACCCGUUACCACUUUACUGCACCGUUUCUUUAGAAGCCUGUAAUGAAACUGUCUUUUCUCUCUCUAGUUUGAUACAUACCAGGAGUACUAUUCAAUCCAGCCUCAGCCCAAUGGCUUUCUGUAGAUAGUCUUCAAAGGUUUUA